UCAUACUUCAUCUGUCAUAUCUACGUUUUCUUUUUAGUAAGCUUCCUUUCAUUAUAAGUAUUUGUGAAGAUGGCACCUUCAAAGCCAAAAUCAGCGGAUAAGUCCGCUGCCAAAAAAGAAGAAAAGAAAAAGCCAGCAUCGGCACCUGCUGCAGGCUCUGCCGCUGCCUCAGGUUCAAGUUCUGGAUCAAAGGCUGCACCAGCACCGAAAGCUGCGGCAAAAGCAGCUGCCAAAUCAGCAGACAAAAAACCUGCAACUUCUAAAACUCCAGCACCUAAGCCUGCUGCUGCCAAAGCAGCAUCAUCAAGUAAAGCUCCAGCUGCUGCCCCCAAAACAAAAGCUACAGCUUCAAAGACCACUGCUAAAGCUCCGGCAGGUAAAGCCACAAAGGGUGCAGCCAAACCUGCAACGAAGAAACCAACUGCAGCAAAAGCUGCACCUGGUAAAGCUAAGGCUCCACCUAAGGCUCUGAUUGCUAAACCUAAGAAAAAUGUUCCAGUUAAACAGCAAAAGGGUGUUGGUAAAAAAUCAGCCGCAUCUGCUCCUAUUUCCAAAGCGUUGAAGGUGCAAAAGAAGGUCAUCAAAGGUCCUAAUGGUACCCACAGCCGCAAAAUCCGUACCUCUGUCCACUUUCAUCGCCCAACAACUUUGAGGCCCCCAAGGCAACCAAAAUACCCAAGGAAGAGUGUUCCUACUAGGUCACGAAUGGAUGCCUAUAAUAUCAUUAAAUUCCCUCUGACAACCGAAGCAGCCAUGAAAAAAAUUGAGGAUAACAACACCCUGGUUUUCUUGGUUCAUACAAGAGCUAACAAAUACCAUAUCAAAGCUGCCGUAAAAAAAUUGUAUGACAUCAAUGUUGCAAAAGUAAACACUUUGAUAAGGCCUGAUGGUAAAAAGAAGGCUUAUGUUAGGUUAGCUAGGGACUAUGAUGCAUUGGAUGUAGCUAACAAAAUUGGAAUAAUAUAAAUGUUUUGUAUUUCUUUUCGUUAUACUUGACAUUAAAAAAUUAUAUUGAAAA